AUGAAAUUAUCAUAGUUAAUUUACGAAUACCUGCAUAGAAAAUAUACGAAAACAAAAUAAAAGAACGAUGAUUCAUAUUCUAAGCAAGUAUAUCGUACAAUUUAAUAAACAAGAUAGAAUUUGAAAAUGGAGACACAGUGAAUUUAAAAGGCUUCUCUUCUUCAGAAUUAAAAAAUAAAAUUUCCACUAAGUAAUCAUUGGGGAGUAUAAUAUGGAGAUAUUUGAGAAGGCCAUUCAAUUACAUUUUUCUUACGAUUAGCAUUAUAUGUCUGAGUAUAACUCAAGACAAUUAAUAACUUAUAUAUGGAUUUGUCAUCCCAUUUCUAUUUGGUAUAGUAAUGUAUUUAAUAAAAACAUUUUAUUAUAUGAUUUUGGUUCAUGGUGAGGAUAAUUUAAUAAACCAAAGAUAAGUGAUUGUGUUUAAGAAAUUGAAGAAAAUUUUGCAUAACAAAAAAAUCGGUUUAAUGGAAUAUGAACAAAAAUUAAAUAAGACCUAAUUUAUAUCUACUUAAAGAGCAGAUAAGGGACUGAUACCACCAUCUCCUCAACCAUUGACAGAAUUAAAUGAAAAUACAAAAGUUAGUAUAAUAGAAACAAUAAGAUGGGAGGAUUUGGAAAUAGGAGACAUAAUAAUAUUAUAAAGGAAUGAAGUUUGUCCUGCAGAUUGUCUGAUUUUGGAGUCAAGCUAAGAAAAAUGUUAUGUGAAUAACACAUGUGUAAAUGGACAGACAGAUGAAGGAAUAAAGUGUGCAAAUGAAUUAACAUCUUUGCCUAAGAUGCAUUAAUUUAAAGGAAAUGGAUUUGAAUAUAGAUUAUUGUUGAGUGGGAAAGUGACAUUUGAUAAGGAUUACAAAUCUGAUUCUUUUUAUACAGGAUUCAUUCGAUUGAAAAAUGAUCCUUAGGCUGUAGAUAUUAAAAGAGAGAAUAUUCUGUAUAGAGGAUAAUAAUUGCAGACUUGUGAUUAUGUAUAUGGUUUAGUGUUGAGUUGUGGUUUGAAUUGUAAAUAUUAUUUUUCUAGCAAUUUUGAGAAGUCAACAAAGUCUUUUUUUGAAAAUAAGGUUGAUACUUUCUAUAAAUUCACAUUAAUACUCAUAAUUUUGUUAACUUUUGGAUCAUGGAUGAUUGAAUCAAUUAGGUAUAUUGAUAAAGGUUGGGAAAUAUUAUAUUUAGCUGAUCACUUUUUGCUUUAUUUGAAUAUGUUUCCUUAUUAUUUGAUAGGAUUAUUAGAUAUAUUAUAAGUUCUUAGUUCCAGUUAGAAAUUGUUUAAAUUUAAUAAACAGAAAGGAAAUUAGAGUAUUAAAAGUCAAUAAGAAUUUAAUAUAUUUGUGAAUUAGAAAAUAGACUUAAAUACAGUUUACAGUAAAUUAAAUGCAACCCCUAUAGCUGAUUUAUCAUUGGUGGAUUCUGUCAUUUUUGAUAAGACUUGUACAAUGACCAUACCAUAAUUUAAGAUAAAAUUAAUUUUAAUAAAUGAAACAUUCUAUGAAAUACAUAAUAAAACAUUUAAAAAUACUAUUGAAUGGAAAAAGUAUUAAAAAGAAAUGUUAGAUAAUUAGGAAAUGCUAUUCAUUUAAGAUUAAUCCUUAUCACCUAAUUAAAUUUCGUCCAUAAAAGUGUCACCUCAUCAUAGACCAAUGAGUCCUGCUAAAAGAGCCACAAUUACACCUUGGAGAUUGGAGGACAACUUGGUCAACAUUGAACCAAAUUUUGAGUAAGAUAUACGUGAGACAAGUUAAUAGGAAGAAGCCAACUUUAAUGCUGAAGAGAUUGCAGAUGAUCAUUCCAAAUUAAAAGAGAUACAUAGAACUAAACCUCCAAAAUUGUUUUAAAUAGAUUCAUGGGAAUCUGGAACUGAUUUAGGAGGAAUGAUUAAUUAAUUGAAUGAAUAAAGAAUGAUAAAAUCUUAAUCUCCUAUUAAAGAGACAGCCAAACGUAAAUUCAGUGAGAGAAGACCAAUAUUAGAUAAGGUUGAACCCAAAAAGAAAUUAUCAGCUGAUCGAUUUUAUAAGACAGAUGAAUUCAAUAUUUAAUAUGAUAGACAAGAUGAUUUUAUAAGCAAUGAGAAAGAAAUCUUUAGUAAAUCAUUGACUCCAGAAUAUAGAGGUAUAAUUGAAGAAGCAUUAUUUGUCCUCAUCAUUUGCCAUAACACUUAAACUAAAUAUCUGAAGAAAUAAGAUUCAUUAUAAUAAGAAUUUAGCAAUUAAAUAGAUGAAUUAUAAAUUAAUUUAGCUUAGAACUAUGAUUACAAAUUUAUUGGAUCUACAUUUGGGAAAAACAAGUACAUUAUUGAAAUUAAAGAGAAUUUAGUAGAAAUUCCAGUGACUGUUACAUAAUUAGAUCAUAAUAAAUUAUCUGUAAUUACUUAAAUUACAGAUUAUAAUAAAUUAUUAGCCUUUUAAUUCAAUGAUAAAUUUGAAUAUAUUCAAUACAUAAGAGAAGAUGGUUUAGAAUAGAUAGAAGGUAUUAAUAUGGAUAAGGAGGACAAAGAUGUUUGGAAUGGAAUAAUAAAUAAAAUUAUAUAGAGAGGUUGUAGGCCAAUUAUCUAUUAUAAAUAUAAUAUGGAUUAAAAUAAUUAUAAUUUAUUUUAGAAAAAUCCACAAGAAGAAAUUAAAAAUAAAUCUAAUAAUUUAGAAGUGAUUUUAAUUGUUGGAGUGUAAGAAAAAUUAAAGAAAUAAUUAAAAGAUAUUUUAAACUAUUAUCAUAAUGCAGAUAUAUCUAUAUGGAUUGCAAGUGGUGAUACUAAAAACAAGGUAUUACCAAUAGCCUAUAAAUCUAAUAUUUUAAAGGAAAAUAUUCAAAUUCUAAAAAUAGAAUCAAAUGAUAUGAUAUCUUAAUAAAUCAAGUCACACAUUUUAUGGUGUUAUAAUAAUCUAAUUAAAUAAUUAAGAGAAGAAUAAAAUGAUAAAAAAAAUAAUGAAAAACUCAGUAGUCCUAAUAAUAAAAGAAAAUCAAUAAAUGUUGCUAGAAGAGCAAGUACAAGAGGUGUUUUAACUGGAAUGAAUAAUAACUUAUCAAAAACUAAGCCAUUCUGUAUUAUGAUUGAAGGGAAGGCUUUGGAGAUAAUUGAAAAUGAUGAAAAUUUAUAUCAUCAUUUGGCAUUUUUAGUCUCAUUUUGCACUCACCUUAUUGGAUAUUCUAUGAAUAAAUAUUAGAAAGGUGUUUUAAUUAAGAUAUUAUAGAAAAAAUAAUUAUAAAGAAGAAGAAUAUUAGUAGUUGGUGAUGAAGCCAAUGAUUCAAUUAUCAUGGAAAAUUCAGACUUUUCAAUCUAAAUUUAGAAUGAGAGAAUUAGUUAAAACAUCAGAAUAGAUAAAAUGGAAUAAAUUGAGAGAAUAAAAAAGGAAACUAAUACAAAUAAUGCAUAGAAUUCAAAUAAGUUAUCAAAAUAAUAUAAAAAUUUUAGAUAAAGCUAUUCUAAUAAAUAAAUAGAAAAAUAUAUAUAUCCUAAAGUAAGACAUAUGAGUACAGCAGAUCUCAUUAUUAAAGAUAUGAAUAAUCUCAUUACAUUAUUAUUUUAUGAUAGUAGAAAGCAUGCAGAAUUUCUAGAAAAUUUAAUGAUAUAUGCAUUUUAUAGAUGCUAUUUGAUAAUGUUUUGCAUAUUUUUUCAGCAUAUUCUGGAUGUGGAUAAUGAAAAUCCUCCUCUUUCUUAUUUUUAAUCUAUCAUGUUUAUAUUGCCUUGUUUAUUGUUAUACAAAUAAUCAAUUCUUAAUAAAAGAAACAUUACUGAUUUUAAAUAAUAACUAGUUUACUUUUAUAAUCAGAAUUGGAUUCAAUUUAGAAAGCACAGAUAUUGGUUGUUCAUUUACAAAGUUUUAUUAUUUUCAAUUUUUGAAUCCUUCAUUAUAAUAAUAAUUUAAAAGUACAUUGAAUUCUAUACAAAUGAUGGUAAAGAUUUUGAUAAUGCUAUUUUAUCUUUAUAAAUGUAUACAAUAAUCAUUAUAGUUGAAUAGAGUAAAUGGAUUUAUGAUAAUAUUGUCUAUUGGUGGAUAUUAUUAAUAAUACUCUAUUUAUUGAGUUUAUUAAGUUAUAUUCAAAUAUUCAAUGAAACAUACUAUCAAAUUAUGGAACACAUAAUCAAUAUUUAAAGUGUAUUUUAUAUCAUACUCAUAAUUCUGAUAGUUUAUACACUUUAGCAAUUACUUUUUUAAUUUAUUCCUUAUACAAUAGAUAAAUUAAUGUUUUCAGUUAAAGACAAGAUUUAAAUUAGCAGUUUAUUGAAGCCAAUAGAGAUAUAUUAUUCAAAAAAAAGGAACAAUAGCACACUUCUGUUGAAUAUAUAAAAAUAUGCCUUAAAAUUGUUUAAAAAUGAAGAUGAUAUGGAUUCUUCUAUAAGAUCAAUGUUGUCUGGUAUGGCUUUGAGUGAAAAGAGCAUAAAAAUCAAUUAACUUACUCAAUAAUUUAAGAAUAUUUAAUUAGAAACAAAAUAUUAAUUGAAUGAAUUAACAUCAAUUUUAGAAUAUUAUAGAUUUUAUUAUCCUUUAAGUUGGAUGUUAGUUGAAGGUGCAAUAUUACUUCAAAUUUGGUUUGUAAACAAAGACCAUAAUUAUACUUGGUUACUUUAUUUUUCAUAUGGUUACAAUGGAACUUAAAUAUUGAUGGCUCUAUUUAUAUAUACAUCAGUGUUUAAGAAAUAUCAUUUUAGAUUAUCUAAAAUUUUGAUUUUAUCUCGUUUGUUAUACAAGAUUGUGUAUGAUAUUUAUUUCUUUUAAUAAAAUGACAAUUCAUUAAGUGAUAUGCUCAUUAUGCAGUUGUUUAUGUUACAACCAUUAAUAGAUGAUAGACCAUUGACUAUAAUAUUUUAUUGUAUCAUAGUCAAUAUAAGUUUCAUCAUCAGAUUCAGUGCUAACAAUACAUCAAUUAAUUAGAAUAUAAAUACAUACAUCAUGCUCAACUAUUAUCUCAUAGCAUUUAUGUAAACAGCAUUAAGUAGUGGGACGCAUUUGAGAGUUCAAAGAAAUUUAAGACAGGAAUUCAUAUAAAAUUUAUAGUUGAAUUAGAAAAUAAAUUCAAUAAGUGAUACUCUCUCAAUAUUGAUGCCAAAGUUUAUCAGAAAUAUGAUAAAUUAGAAGGGAGAAUUUGAUAUAUAGGAGAAUCAAGGUGAAGUGGCAAUUCUAUUUUGUGAUAUUUGUCAAUUUGAUACUAUAAUAAAGGUUUAAUAAUAGAAUGUAGUUCACUUACUAGAUAUUUUAUUCAGAUAAUAUGAUUCUUUAUGUAAUUAAUACAAUCUGUAAAAGAUUGAAACUGUUGGUAAGACUUAUAUGGCAGCUUCUGGGUUAAAGAAUUUAAUCUCUUAAAAUAAUAUUAACCCAGUUUUAAGAGCUCUAUAAGUAGCAUUUGAAAUGUAGAAGUUUGCUUUGUCACAGAGUUUUGGUUAGACGGAAAAUAUUGUAGUGAAGAUUGGAGUGCAUUAUGGAAAUGUGAUUGCUGGUGUUAUUGGGUAUCAUAAACCCUAGUUUUCUUUGAUUGGUGAUACUGUCAAUACUACUAGUAGAGUUUGUUCAACUGCUUAAGAUAAUCAAAUAAAGAUAUCUGAAGAGGCAUUUAAAUAAGUUUCAUCUUGUACCGAUUUCACAUUUACUUUGGAUAUAGUGGAGGCUAAAGGAAAAGGUUAAUUAACUACAUAUUUGGUAUAGGAAGUAAUGAAAGAGAAGAUAUCAAGAAAGAAAUUGAGAAAAUUUAAAGAUGAUAUGUAGAUAUUUCUAAAUAGAGAUGAAUAUGCAGGUAAAUAAAGAAAAUCUAUAUUUGAAUUCAAGAAUUCACGUAAACCUACAAUUGUUCAAUCGAAUAUUAAGAUAACUACAUCAUAAAUGAUGCAUAAAUCAAGUAUUAAUUUAGAUAAUCAAAAUGUUGUCUUAAAUAAUAGCAAUAACAAUAAUAAUGUGUCAUAACAUCAUUCUAGAGGUGAGAGUGAUUAAUAACAGCCUCCUAUGAAGGAACAAUAACCUCUAACAAUUACAGGUUAGAAUUUAAUAGAAGCACUUGAAAUCAAAUUAGCUAGAGAAAAUCUUUUAUUUGAAGAUCCUUUAGAGUUUCCAUUGAUUGAAGUAGAUAAAGAUAAAUUAAAACAAAUCCAUUAAACUGAAGAUGAAUUUAAAGAGAUGGAUGUGUUGAUUUUAGACAAAAGAAGAUUGUAUCUUGAUUUUCAUUCAGAUGUUGAUGAUGAGGUUAUAUAGGAAUUUUAUUAGUAAUUGAGAAAGUAAAAUAAAAUACUGGUUAUUCUAUUAGAACUUGGUAUGGGUAUAUUAAUCUUGAUUCAAAAUACCUCUACUAUUUUAAUAGACAAUAUUUUUAGAGAAAUAAUAGUUUGGUAUAUAAAUAUUGUGUAAGGAUAUCUGAUUGUCUUUGUUAAAUUGAUAUUCAUAUGUUUAUUAUUUAAUGAACAAUAUUGUAAUCACUUUUUCAAAUAGAAAUACUUUAUAGGGUUCUACAUAUUUAUUUUAAUCUGGUGGAUUAUGCACAUUUUUAGUGUAAAAGAAGGUAUAAUAGGUGAAGUGUGUAUAGCCAUAGGUAUCUUUCUAUCUUUUUUGACUUAAUUAAAUCCAAUAAUCAAAAUGAAAUAUAAGGUUGUUGAAAGCAUUGUCAUGAUUUGUAUGAAUAUUAUUGCAGUUGUUGUUAAUGAUUGGGAUAAAUCCUUAAUUUAUUAUGCUAGUCUACUUUAAGUUAUAUUUGUAUCUAAUUAAAUUUAUAAAUUCUUAAAGAAUGUUGAAGCAUAUAAUUUAAAAUGCAAAUUGAAAUCAAAACAUGAAUAAUUAGAUCAAUUAGUUAAACAUUAAUUACCAACUCAUAUGCUUGAUUAAUUUUUAUAAUUGUAAUAAUCCAGAGCAGUCUUGAAAGAUUAACAUGAAGAUGUUACACUUUUGUUUGCUGACAUAGCUGGAUUUACUGAAUAUUCAAGUAAAGUAGCACCUGAAUAAGUUGUAUUUAUGUUGAGAAAUUUAUUCACUGAAUUUGAUAAAUGUUGUCAAGAGAAAAAUGUUUACAAAUUAUAUACUAUUGGAGAUUGUUAUGUAGUUAUGGGAAUGGUUGAUGCUAAAGAUAGAAAUCCAGCAUUGGAAGCUAAAAAUACAGUAGAAAUGGGAUUUGAAAUGAUAAAUAUUAUCAGUAAGGUUAGAGAUAAAAUAAAUAAUUCAGAUUUAGAUAUGAGGAUAGGUAUACAUACUGGUAAAAUUAUUGGAGGAGUACUUGGAACUGAUAUUGUAAGAUAUGAUAUUUAUGGACCAGAUGUUUUAAUAGCUAAUAAAAUGGAAUCAAAGGGUGAUAGAGGAAAAGUAUAAGUAUCAGAAUCUACAAAAAAAACAUUAGAAUUAUGCUAUCCAGAAGAAUUUCAGUAUUUUUCUCAUUGUACUGUGGAAAUUCCAUCAAUAGAAAGAAGAACUGAAGGUCAUUUUAUAUAAAUAAAGACUUUCCAAGAACCAUCAAUGGAUGUAUAGAAUUUUAAUUGA